AUGACCGUCACAUACAACCCCAAGCGGACCAUCUAUGCCGACUUCGGUCCCCGCCGGCUGCAUGCCGAUAACAUCAACCCCUCCGUCAAGGCCGCUAAGUAUGCUGUUCGGGGUGAGCUCGCUGUCAGGGCCGAGGAGUAUCGAGUCCGUCUGGCGAAUGGAGAGAAGGAUCUGCCCUUUGACAGUGUGAUCUUCGCCAACAUCGGCAACCCCCAACAGCUGGACCAGAAGCCCAUCACCUUCUUCCGACAAGUGCUCAGUCUGCUGGAGAACCCUGCCCUGCUGGAGAAGCCCGACGUCCUCAGCUCCGCCUUUGGCUACCCGCAGGAUGUCGUGGACCGUACUAAGCUGCUCCUCGACGACGUCCAGAGUGUCGGUGCCUACAGUCACAGCCAGGGUGCUCCGAUGAUCCGGGAUAGUGUCGCCCGGUUCAUCGAGGAACGGGACGGCUUCCCCGCCGAUCCUCAGGAUCUGUACCUUUGCGCCGGUGCCUCGUCCGGUGUCAGCACGCUCAUGAACAUCAUCUGCCACCACCCCUCCGCCGGUGUUCUCGUCCCCAUUCCGCAAUACCCUCUCUACACGGCCACGCUGUCGCUGCUGAAUGCGCAAUGCGUCCCCUACCACCUGGAGGAGGAGAAGGCCUGGGGUACAAAUGUUAGAGCCAUCCGGGAGUCUCUGGCGAAGGCCAAGGCUGAGGGCACCGACGUGCGUGCCAUCGUGGUCAUCAACCCGGGCAACCCCACGGGCGCGUCGCUGAGCCCCGAGGACAUCAAGGACGUGCUGGACGUCGCUGCGGAGGAGAAGCUGGUCGUGAUCGCCGACGAGGUCUACCAGACCAACAUCUUCGUCGGCGAGUUCACCUCGUUCAAGAAGCGGCUCCGCCAGCUGCAGCAGGAGGUGCCGGACAAGUACGACCACGUCGAGCUGGCGUCGCUGCACAGCGUUUCCAAGGGUAUGGUCGGCGAGUGCGGCCACCGCGGCGGCUACUUCGAGCUGGUCGGCUUCGACCCCUUGGUCGCCGCGCAGAUCUACAAGUCCGUCAGCAUCAUGCUGUGCCCGCCCGUCAUCGGCCAGUGUCUGGUUGAGCUGAUGGUGAACCCACCGCUCAAGGGCGAUGCCAGCUACGCGCUCUACUCGCAGGAAUACAACGGCAUUCGCGACGGGCUGCACAAGCGCGCCCUCGCCCUCUAUGAAGCCUUUAAGCAGAUGGAGGGUGUCGAGUGCCAGGAGCCUCAGGGCGCCAUGUACCUCUUCCCCAGCAUCACGCUCCCCGCCAAAGCCAUGGAAGCCGCCGCCGCUGAGGGCCGCACCGCCGACGAAUUCUACUGCCUGCGCCUCCUCGACGCAACCGGCGUCUGCGUCGUCCCGGGCUCGGGCUUCGGACAAAAGGAAAACACGCUCCACUUCCGCACCACCUUCCUUGCCCCCGGCACGGACUGGGUCGACCGCAUCGUCAAGUUCCACGCCGAAUUCAUGGCCGAGUACAAAUAA